AUGAUAUUCUCAUUCAUCGAAACUACUGAUAUGGCCGAGGUCCAGAGCCUCUCACCUAUUAUUUCUCUCUUUGAGGACGACGAGUCUCGCUGGCAGGCUGUCGUCUCCCGCAACGCCAACGCCGACGGCUUCUUCGUAUACGCUGUACGCACAACAAAGAUAUUCUGCCGUCCUAUCUGCAAAGCUCGUCUCGCCCGCCGCGCCAAUGUAUCCUUCUUUGCGACUGGGAUCGACGCCCAGGAGGCUGGCUUCCGGGCUUGCAAACGGUGUAAGCCAGAAGUGGCGGGGCUCAUGCCUGAGGAGGCGGCAGUGCGAAAGAUCCGCGACUUUGUGCAACAGCGUGCUGAAAAGAAGGACGAUAUGGAGGCUAGGCUAAGCUUGAGUCAGAUGGCUAAGCAGACCGGGCUCUCCAAGUGGCACUUCCACCGAGUCUUCAAGAAGUGUGUCGGAGUGACGCCGACAGAGUACCUGCGAGUACAACGCCAGGGUCAGCAGGCCCAAGAAUCAUUGCCAGAUGGAGAAACAAGUUGGUUUGAUAGCCUGGACAUGCGAAGCCUUGAAUGCGACUUUGAUUUCUCAUCUUGGGACGGAUCUGUUGCUGGCUCUGGGCUGUCGAGUACAGAAACGCCGCCAGCAGCCGCCAGCAGGGAUAGUCCUUUCUCGAUUGACGACUUAUUGGUCUGGCCUGAAGAAAGAAACGAACCGCCUGAGUGA